CGAGCGCCUCUGUUGCCUCGAAGUUUGGCCGGCAGCUCCGGCUCCUCAGGCAGCCGCCGCCGGCAGCGCCAGCAAGCAGCGCCGCUCUCUCGGAGCCGCCGCUGCACCGCCGAGCCCGCCUCUCUCGCUUAGCCGCUCUCGCUUUGUUCCUCUCGCUCCCCCUCAGCCCCUGAAGAGCCGGACGCCCGCGCCGCUGCCGCGCGCCGCAGCAUGCUGAAAGUCACCAUGCCCUCGUCGUCGUCGUCUUCGUCGUCGCCCUCCUCCGCCCCCACCUCGUCCACCGCCGCCCCCGCCGCCUCUGCCCCGACCUCGGGCCGGCCCGGGGGCGCCCCUGCCGCCGCCGCCGGCCCCACCGUCGUCCCGGACUACUGGAUCGACGGCUCCAACAGAGACACCUUGGCCGACUAUUACGACCUGGAGUCGGAGCUGGGACGGGGUGCAACAUCUAUUGUCUACAGAUGCAGGCAGAAAGGAACACAAAAGCCAUUUGCUGUCAAAAUCUUGAAGAAAACUAUGUUGCCUGCUGAAGAGCUCUGUGCAACUCUAAAGAAGUUGUUUCAAGAAAAGGUAGACAAGAAGAUUGUCCGAACAGAAAUAGGCGUUCUACUUCGACUUUCACAUCCAAAUAUUAUAAGACUGAAGGAGAUAUUUGAAACCCCCACAGAAAUCAGCCUUGUCUUGGAGCUGGUCACGGGAGGAGAACUGUUUGACAGGAUUGUGGAAAAAGGAUAUUACAGUGAACGAGAUGCUGCUGAUGCUGUCAAACAAAUCCUGGAGGCAGUUGCUUAUCUACAUGCCAAUGGAAUUGUUCACCGUGAUUUGAAACCAGAAAAUCUACUGUAUGCAACGCCAGCUCCAGAUGCGUCUUUAAAAAUAGCUGAUUUUGGACUUUCCAAGAUUGUUGCAGAUCAAGUGACCAUGAAAACAGUCUGUGGGACUCCAGGGUACUGUGCACCGGAAAUACUGCGAGGCUGUGCCUAUGGCCCAGAAGUGGACAUGUGGUCCUUGGGAAUAAUCACUUACAUCCUACUCUGUGGUUUUGAGCCGUUCUACGAUGAAAGAGGAGACCAGUACAUGUUCAAAAGGAUCCUGAACUGUGAAUAUGAUUUCGUUUCACCCUGGUGGGAUGAUGUGUCUCUAAAUGCCAAGGAUUUGGUUAAGAAGUUAAUUGUGCUUGACCCCAAGAAACGUCUCACCACAUUUCAAGCCUUACAACACCCUUGGGUCACAGGCAAGGCAGCCAAUUUCGCUCACAUGGAUACAGCCCAAAAGAAACUCCAAGAAUUCAAUGCUCGACGUAAACUUAAGGCUGCAGUGAAAGCUGUUGUUGCAUCAACUCGUCUUGGGAGUGCAAGCUGCCACAGCACCCACGACAGCAAUAAGCCCAGCCAAAGGCAAUCUCUGCGCCCAGAAAGAGAGGACAGCGUGGAGGGAAAAGAAGAAGUAGUAGUAGCAGAAGAAGAAGAAGCAAACUUCACUGAAUCUCAUGAAGAGGACUCUCACGAAGAAGCAACUGAAGGAGAGUCUUAAAUCUUGGGGUAUCUUAUUCCAGCCAAGUUCUGUCAUUCCGUGCACCAGCCAAGAUACCAUUCAGAAACAAAUUACAAGCAUGGCUACUCUGAGUGGCUUUGCCUUGGGAUGGAAAAUGCUCUAGCUGGUGACCUGAACUUCAAAAUGCAUGUGACUGCUUCUGAAAAAAAUAAAUAGUUCACAGUCUUUUAAUGGCAUGCCAUGGAUAAAGUGAUAUUUACAGUAAUACCAACGAAUGAAGUGGAGAGCAGGGAACACUCCUUAUUACCAACAUGUAUAUCUCGUGUAGAGUGUUUAUAGAUAACCUCUGAAGUGAAUGAUGAUUAUGGCUUAUUAUACAAGAUUUUCUAGAGAUCUUGACAUUUCUUCAAUCUGCUUCUUUUCAAACUCAUAAUCACCCAGUAGAUCAAUGGGCGCUAAGACCCGCCAAGUGUUUUUUAAAUGGCAUAUGAAAUAUUUUGCAUUCAUCCGUGAUAAUUUACAAACUGUUUACAAUUGAGAACUUAAAUAUUUAUAUGCAAAAAAA